AACACUCUCGUAUUGUGAUGACUUGAAACACAAAGAACGUGGAGACUGUGUACCAAAUAUUGAGAAGAUUGAUAAAAUGGUUGAUUCAGUUCUUAGAGGAAAUCAGUCAAAGAAAGAAAUAGAACUGACGAUUGAGAGGGCACUACAUAAAUUACAAGAUAUUUCCAUCAGUAAAGAACCCACUUCUGAAGAUUUGGACAGAUCCAUCAACUUUUUAGAUAAAAUUGUGAAUGUUUCUAGGAGAUUUAAUGUCUCAAUCCCAAGGAAGGUGAUUGUGACAACAAUUGACAACCUUCUUGCUGACAACCAUACUGUCGCAUGGCAGAACACGUCCACAAAACAGGCGAUUGCAAGAGUCAAUAAGAUAUUCAGAUUGGUAGACAAGGUUGGCCUUCAUAUCUUGGAAACCAUCAAAGAGAAUGAAACAAUGAAAUUUAACUCAACGACAAAUAUAGUUUUUACAGUUGCAAAGAUUCCAGCAGAACAAAGUGUAAAUUUCCCGGAAAACAGUAGCAUCUUGGGGUCAUCACUGGUGUUUCCUGUGCAGACUCAACACUUUAAUCAUUAUAUCGCAUACCUUGCUGUAAAAUAUAAUUCACUUGGAAACUUGGUUAACGACAACAAUAGAAAUAAAGAACAUUCAGAUUACAAUAUUUCCUCUGAUAUUAUGUCAUUAACACUCCAUGACCCUUUAUUUGGAGAAAGACUAGACCCUUCAUUGCGUUUAAAGUUCUUAAAACACGGGAAUUCCCACAAAUCGAUCAGAGAAUGUGUAUUUUGGGACUUUGACCUGAAUAACGGAACUGGUGGGUGGUCAACACGAGGAUGUAAAUUACUAUCUACAGAUGAUCUUCAUCUUCACUGUGAAUGCAACCAUCUGACAAAUUUUGCGGUACUGGUGCGACCAUACUCAAGGCUUCAAGAGGAAGAUAAGGCGUUGAGUUGGAUAUCUAUAAUUGGUUGUUCGAUAUCCGUGUUUCUCUCUUUGCUGACAGCCAUAAUUUACAUUGUUCUUUGGAAAACUAUUACAUGUGACGUCAGCAGAAUGGUCAAUAAGAUCACGGUGCUUCUCUGUCUCAGUAUUGCCCUGGCGUACACGAUAUUUCUGAUAGGAGUGGACAAGAUGCAGCAUAAGGUCGGAUGCACUGUCAUUACAGCACUGUUACAUUGUUUGUUCCUUUUUAUUUUCUUUCUGAUGCUGGCCCUUGGGUUGUACUAUUUCAGCAGCAUUUCACUGAUCAAAAUAUCAUUUUCCAAAGCAACAACAUUUCAAAGUAAAGCCAAUUUCUUCGGUAAAAUCAUCUGGGGAAUUGUAUCUGUUAUGCCAGCGUUUAUAACCGCAGUAACAUUUGGAGUUGUAUAUUCAAUGAACAAAAACUAUCAUUCAAAGACCAGUUGCUGGUUAUCACUUGAAAGCGGGGCUUUGUAUGGUUUCAUUGGACCUGUAGCUUGCAUUGUCCUGAUCAAUAUUGUUAUUGUUAUUAUCCUCUCAGUGACUCUUUGCUCCAUGGGAUAUUCACCACAAGAUAAGACGAAGAACAGAAUAGUAGCCGGAAUAAAGUCCAUCUGUACCCUGUUACCUGUUCUUGGAGUGACGUGGUUGUUUGGCCUUUUGUCCAUUAAUGAAGAUGUGGUCGUCUUUCAGUAUAUAUUUGCAUUGUUGAAUUCCUUUCAGGGGCUUUUCAUUUUUAUCUCCAAAUGCCUUUUAAGUAAAAAGAUCAAAAAGUCGCUUUGUGAGAGAAUAUAUAAAAGAGAUUCAGAAAAUUGGAGAAGUAGACUCAUUACAUUACCAACCAGUAAUCCGCUGUCCAUGAAAACAAAAGAGUUUUCUUCCUUGUCAAAAAUCCAAACUGAAGAAGAAGAUUCUACGAAAGAAGUAAGCGAAGGGAAUUGCAUCAGGGGUAUUUCUUUCAAGAGUAGAGAGAAAAAAUUAUAGACAAUUGAUUACAACAUGAAAUAAUAUCCACUAAUUAGAAAGAAAAAUGGAGAAAGAUCCUUUGAAGAAACUUUCAUCACUAAAGCAGCGUAUUAAAGACUUCAUAUAAUGUCUAAACAUAACUGUUGCUAUCGUGAGCCUUGUGGAAGCUCAUUUGUAUCCUAAUCUUGGCUCUGAGAUCAACUCUCGUUCAAACAUACGAAUUUUAUCAAAG